AUGUCUGAUCGCAUUACUAUCGUACUCUCUGUUUCAGCAUUCCUGCUAAUACUUCUACCCAAUACUAUUUGCGAGCUCAUUAUGCUCUGCAUUGACGCUGCCUCUGACCAGCCAUUAUGGGCUAGCUUUGUAGUGCUGGCAUUACAUAGUCCGCGAGAUUUUUCCGUCGUGCGAUUACCGUCAUCUCCUGUUGCAAAUGACAUUGUACCGCCCAUUACCAAGAACGACGAAGUCAAGGUUGAAGAAAAAGUUGACACCGAGAAAGGACAAAGAGGAAAAGAAAGAAAAGUUGUAGAGAAGAGGAAUCCAAAGAGGAGAAGAUCAGUCCUUGCGCCUGCUACCGUUACCGAUGAUACCACCACUGCCACGAAUACCUGUUAUGCCGCUGUGCUCACCACUUUCCCUUCCGCCUCACCAACCAUCGCCGCAACCGACUCGACUCUCGGCAAUCGACUGUCUGGCGAUCGUCUCUCUGGCCUUCGUCUCUCUGGUAUUCGACUCUCGGCAUUUGACUCUCGACAAUCGACGCUCGGCAUUCGACUCUCGGCAUUCGACUCUCAGCGAUCAACUCUCUGGCAUUCGACUCUCGGCAUUCGACUCUCGGCAAUCGACACUCGGCAAUCGACACUCGGCAAUCAGCUCCCAGCUUCAGUGUUCGGCUCCCAGCAUCCGAGUAUCCAGUAAGCAGCUCCUCCAGCAUUCGACAACAGCAGCAAAUUUUUUUUUUCUUUUUUGGGUGUUUCGAGAGUCAAUUC